GAACCGGCGGAGCAGCAGCAAUCUCUCUCUCUCUCUCUCUCUCUCUCUCUCUCUCUCUCUCUUCAUACAGUUUCUUUCGUACAGUUUAUAGUGAGGAGCCAUUGUUUGAUCUUGUGUCUCUCACGCCAACCCGAAAUCCUCGAAUUUAUACUAAUUAUUAUAUAGAAUAUGGCGACGUUGAAGGAAGCUCAGACUGUGAAGUCUCUAAACAAAUCUACCGGUUGCAGGCGAUUUGUGUUCAAGACAUUCUCUAAGCGCCUGGAGGAAAUUGAUGUCGAUGUAUUCCGAAAUCUCGAUCCUCUCAAGUCUGAGCCCUCCGAUGGGUCCUCAUUUUUCCGGGACUGUCUUGUGGAAUGGAGGGAAUUAAACACUGCAAAGGAUUUUAUCACCUUUUAUGAGGAAAUGAUGCCCUUGGUGCAAACAUUACCCCAAAUAAUACUGCACAAAGAAUUGAUACCCUCAGAACUACUUUUGAGAUUGCAAAUGGGAGGGAGACCAUCACUUGAGCCCAUUCUCAGCUUUCUGCAACGAAUAGUCGAUUCUCUAGUAUCUCUUCUCAAAAGUGGAGCUGAUAGAGAACCAGAGAUAAUUGAGCAGAUUUUCACAUCAUGGUCAUAUAUCAUGAUGUAUUUGCAGAAAUAUCUCGUCAGAGAUGUUGUCAAUGUUUUCAGGGUUACAGCUAAAUUAAGAUACUAUCCCAAGAAUUAUGUCCAAGAAUUUAUGGCAGAGGCAGUGGCAUUCUUGCUGAGAAAUACAAAGAUUGACCAGAUUGAAGCUUGUAUUAGAAGAGUCAUGGUUGAAGUUGCAAAGAAGCCACUGGUAGUCAGAAAAUCUGGUGUCAGUGCUUUACUAUGGUAUGUUAUGAGAGGAACUUCAUCAAAGUUGCAUUCAAGAGCUGAGCAAGUGUUGCGAUUACUUGUGCGCAGCUCAAUACUUGGCAUUGGUGAUAAAUUUGCCCAAGGCAAGCUCUUUUUGUUCACAUGUGGUGUUUAUACAUUUCUAUUAUAUGUUUUAACUUCCUGCUGCAUACUAAACUAA